AUGAGUAAAUUUGAAGAAAAGUUUAAUAAUCAAAUGCAAAUAUGGCAUAAAACCAUUAUCGACUGCAUCGCAAAUAGCAUCGCCGCCGCGGUAUAUACAGCCCUAAAGGGCGAGCUAUCAAAGAUUACUUCUGCUUUAUUAGAACUUAACAACGAUGUGUUGAAACUUAACCUUAAUAAAUUAUUGAACGAAGUUAAAACCCACUAUGCAAAAUAG